AUGAUUAUUGGGAUAGACCCUGGCUUUGCUACUAUCGGCUAUGCUUUCAUUGCACCUUCUAAUAAUGAGCCUCGCAUAGUGGACUUAGGAAUGAUUGUUACUGACAAAAAAAAAAAUUUUUAUGAUCGUUUGACAGAGAUUGAAGAAAACUUGCAUCAACUUCUAGAUCGUCACUUGCCUUCUAUUAAGCAUAUUGAUUGCGAUGCUGUGGUGGAAAAAAUAUUUUUCAUGAAGAACAAAAAAACUGCUAUUGAAGUCGCCCAUGCUAGAGGAGUGAUUUGCAACUUAUUUAAUAAACGUGGCAUUAGAAUCUUUGAAUACACUCCUAAUGAAAUUAAAAAGGCUAUCACUGGUCACGGUCAAUCUUCUAAAAAAGAAAUUCAAUCCAUGGUGAUUCGAUUGCUUAAUUUGAAAACGCCCAUUUCACAAGAUGAUAUUGCUGAUGCUUUAGCAAUGACAAUAUGUCACUGGUUCUAUCAAGAAAAGAAUUGGGGUUCUCAACCCAUGAAAAGUUUUCCUAAUCAUUAA